CGUACCGACACGCGAACUGGCGGUGUAAUAUGCUUUCACUAGAGCAAAUACACGAACCGGCCCAUCCUGCUACGCCGCUGCAUGUGACAACACCCGAUCCUUUACACACUACAAAUUGAGACACAUUUCCUAAAGCCAACUUCACGCAAAACACACAUCUUCCAGCAGCAGCAAACGGCAACAACAUGGCGCUCAGCACGACGACCGAUGCAUCGGUGGAUGUUAUCGCACAAAAACGGCUCGAGUGUCUGGAGACGCUGAACGAAACCGUCGACACGGCGAUAUCGGGACUCUUCUGCUCCGGGACGUGGGAUGGAUGGCUGUGUUGGCCGGACACAGCUGCCGGCACCUCGGCGUACGCCCUCUGUCCAAGCUUUAUAUCAGGUUUCGAUCCAACGAGAUUCGCCCACAAGGUGUGCAGCGAGAGCGGUGACUGGUUCCGGCAUCCGGAGACGAACAAGAGCUGGUCUAACUACACAACCUGCAUCAACCUGGACGACUACGAGUGGCGGAAACAGGUGAACCUAAUAUACGAAACCGGAUAUGCCAUCUCGCUGAUAGCUAUCCUGCUAUCGCUCGCUAUUUUAAGCUACUUUAGAUCGUUGAAAUGCGCACGAAUAACGCUACACAUGAACCUGUUCGUAUCCUUCGCCUGCAACAACUCCCUCUGGCUGCUGUGGUACCGGCUGAUACUGACCGAUCUCGAUCUCCUCCAGGAAAGCGGUGCUGGCUGCAUUACGCUGCAUCUGGUGCUGCACUAUUUCCUCCUGACCAACUACUCCUGGAUGCUGUGCGAGGGGUUCUAUCUGCACACGGUGCUGGUGUCGGCGUUCGUGUCGGAGAAGAAGCUGCUCAAAUGGUUGCUGGCGCUUGGCUGGGGUUCGCCAGCCAUCUUCAUCGUCCUGUACGGGUUCCUGCGAGGCUACGUUAGCCCACCGAACGAUACAAUAGAAUGCUGGAUGAACGAUAGUUCCUUCAACAAGGUGUUCGUCGGCCCGGUCUGCAUUUCGAUGCUGCUGAACCUGGUGUUCCUGUUCAACAUCAUGCGGGUGUUGCUGCUGAAGCUGAAGGCACCGGCCGGCCCACAGGGUGCCGGUCCAUCGAGAACGAUUCUACAAGCCUUCCGCGCCACACUGCUUCUGGUGCCACUGCUCGGUCUCCAGUACAUACUUACACCGUUUCGGCCAGGCCAUGGGCACCCGUACGAACGAACGUACGAAACUAUGCUUGCUUGCACUUCCUCGUUUCAGGGUCUGUUUGUGGCGGUGCUGUUCUGCUUCCUGAACGGUGAGGUGAUCGCACAAGUGAAGCGCAAGUGGCGCACCGUGUUCCUGCGUACCCGCGCCAACUCCUACACUGCGACGCAAGUGUCCCCGGUCACCUUGCAGUUCGUCCGUUGCGGUCCACCAGUGCCCGGUGAGGAGAAGGUUUGACUAAACGAGUACACCGACCGCGGCCCAACCAAAUCCGCCCGUAAACCAUUCUCCAACCGCACCCGGAAACGCUCGUUGCUGCUGUCUGCCUCGUCCGAGCUGUCGGAACCGGUGGCCAGCACAAUCCCACGGCCGACCGAUAACGUACGCGACCCAAGUUCCUCGGCCAUCGAUCCGCACCCGAUCGGCACAACAAAUGGCAACACAGCGACCGAUACCAGCACCACCACCGAGACGGCACCAACCGCGACAGUUCAAAGGGUACACUUCCGGCCGGAACCGGUAGCCGAUCCGCUGCGCCCGCUGAGGGAUGGAAAGCCUCCGUUCGCCGGGGCAACCACAAAAAACGGUCACACCCACCGGCAGCAGCCACCAUCGGUCAACGGGUUUCAUGCGACGAUGGAAACCGAUUUUCCCGACGACACUGAGGCACCCGCGGACGAGAUCCUUUAAGCAGGUGGCAAUCGGUUAUUCGCUAGCUUUAAAACGAUCCUAUCUGUGUAGAAUUAAGUUACCUGUGUGAAACUAUGCGUAACGGCCAUAAACCUGUCCCCCGAUAUUGCGAUCGUUUGCAAAACGAUGCGAUUGACGGUUGAGGAGAACGAUUUUAUACACAUUUUUUGUAUUAAAAACAAACAAAACUGUUCCUCUGUCCCAUUAACGCUGUACCGCUGGGCCCCGCAUGUAGAUAUUGCAAUCGCUUUCUCUUGUAUGUCGCUGUACACAUGUGUUGGUUUGAUCGGCAGCCGUAAAGCACGAACGCUUUAAUGUUCGGCACUGUUCAGAUGGAAAUAAAUAUGUACUUUUAAUGCACGGUAACGCUAACGAAUAGAUAAUUAUUAAAUGUUACGUAGUAAGCGAUAAGAGCAAAGAGAUGUAACUGAAACGAGGACACAUACCGGAUCCUUUAUUAAUGACUGUGUCAUUUGCUUCUGUGAAUUAAAUAAAUGAAGAAAGAUGAACCCUAAAACGAUGUGCAAACUUGCUAAAAUGCCAAAAAAAAAACACACACACACACCGUGCACAUACACACUUAACCGAACUUGAACUGGAAAGGCACGAACGGACAAAGAUGUAGUGCAUAAUCUUAAAAAGGGCUGUUUGUUACAAGAAAAAUCCUCUAUCAAAUUUAUGCAACACGGGAGAUGUUAUGAAAUGUUUGAAAGAUAAAAUAAUAUUUAAAAAAGUUUAUCGUAAAACUGUCCCCAAACAUUACCUACUUAGAUGAACCUGUGAGAGGCAGUAAAAAUGAGUCUUUUAAACAAAACACACACACAACUGUAGUUAAAUAUAAAGCAUAUAGAUAUGAGAUGAAAACCUACACUAUAUGCUAUAGCUAAAACAAGAGAAAUGUAAAUGUUCCGUUCUUUUUGUCUCUCCUUCGCUCUCUCCCUCUCUUUCGAUACGUUGUAAUUGUACGAAAUACGUGUACUGAGUGAAGGAUUGAAACAAACA